AUGAGUCUGGUAGCGAGUGCUAAGUCUGGUGUGAAUUCUAAUCCCUCUGAGAGGAGGAAGUGGACUCCCACAGAGGAUAAAAUCUUUAUUGGUGCUUGGCUAAACACCAGUAAGGACCCUGUGGUGAGCAACGAGCAGAAAGCCGGUGCUUUCUGGUUCCGUAUAGUAGAGUACUACAACGCUAGUCCCCUCCUCGCUGGGACAAUACGGAGAGAACUAAUGUCUUGCAAGCAGAGGUGGGCAAGGAUAAACGGCGACGUUGCCAAGUUUGCUGGCUCCUAUGAUGCGGCUCUGAGGGAGCAGAGAAGUGGGCAAAACGAUGAUGAUGUGAUGAAAACGGCGUUAGACAUUUUCUUCAAAACGGCCGGCUACAAGUUCACCAUGGAUCACUGCUGGAGGGAGUUGAGGCACGACUAG